AUGGCGGAAGAGCAUUCUCCCUUCGAAUAUCCUGACCGUGAAACCGUCGAACUUCUUCUUAACUUGCAACUUGAAGAUGUCCAAGACCUCCGCAACCAUUCGAAAGACAAAAACCAUGGUGAAGACCUGAAUGACUCUCAAUUAGCGCUAUCGUUCCUGGAGCAGGACCUGGAAUGCAUUCGCUCCAUCAUCUCUGACCGGUUUUUGGCUCAAAGCGUUGCCCAGGCAGUUCAAUCUGAUGGUCCGUUGAUUGCGAACGUUGUGCGGGAAGAAGAAGUGGCGUGUGAGGACCAUACCCUUGCACAUCGAAUGAACGGGUGCAACGUCACUUCUGAAGUCAAUCUACAGUCCAGUCUCGAUGAGGAAAUCCUCUCAAAACUCGCUGGCCAAUAUGUGUCUGAGGAUGCUGGUCGAGAACUCUGUACGGACUUGCAAGUUGGGAAGGGCAGCGUUUCGGAUAUCGCCUGUCGAGCAGAGAGCUCUACUCGAGCAUCAAGCCGGGACGACCAUGCGACCAGCCACGAACUUGUAUGCGUUGCAUGUCGCGAGACGAAGAAGUAUUUGGACAUCAUUGAAGCAGCUUGCGGCCACGGAUACUGCAAGCCAUGCUUGCAGGAACUGUUCGACCUUUCCACCAAGGACGAAUCACUCUUUCCACCCCGUUGUUGCCGCGAGCCGCUGGAUUUGAGCGAGGUCCAAAUCUUCCUUACCAAGGAACUCAAAGACAAGUUCGAGCGAGCGAAGGUGGAGUUCAGCACUGUUGAUAAGACCUACUGCUCCGAAGCAACAUGUUCUGCUUUCAUACCGGUAGAUGCCAAUGCAGGAGAUGCCGUCUUUUGCUGGGAAUGUGGAACGGAGACCUGCGUCACCUGCAAAGCAGGUGCUCACAUCGGAGACUGCCCGGAUGACACGGCUCUUCGCGAAACACUUGCUCUAGCGACCGCGAGCGGCUGGCAACGCUGUCUCUCAUGUCGCCGGCUGAUUGAGUUGGAAGUGGGAUGCAAUCAUAUGACGUGA